UCCCGGGUGGGGGCUGUUCAUGGCGGUUUCGGGGUCUCCAACUGUUUCUCAAGUUGAGAUCCAAAAGCCUCCCGAAGCGGGGUCAUCGGAGCUUGAGGAUUCUUACCGAAAACAAGUGGUAAUUGAUGGUGAGACCUGUCUGUUGGACAUACUGGACACAGCUGGACAAGAGGAGUAUAGUGCCAUGAGAGACCAGUACAUGAGGACAGGAGAGGGAUUCCUCUGCGUGUUUGCUAUCAAUAAUAGCAAAUCGUUUGCAGAUAUUAAUCUCUACAGGGAGCAGAUUAAGCGGGUGAAAGACUCUGAUGAUGUUCCUAUGGUGCUGGUGGGGAACAAGUGUGACCUGCCAACAAGGACAGUUGACACAAAGCAAGCCCAUGAGUUGGCCAAAAGUUACGGAAUCCCAUUCAUUGAAACCUCAGCCAAGACCAGACAGGGUGUGGAAGAUGCCUUUUACACUCUAGUGAGGGAGAUACGCCAGUACCGAAUGAAGAAGCUCAACAGCAAUGAUGAUGGCACUCAAGGUUGUAUGGGGUUGCCCUGUGUGGUGAUGUAGUAGAGACUAUUUGAAAGUUCUGUCAUCAGAAAAGAGCCACUUUGAAGCUGCACUGAUGCCCUGGUUCUGACAUCCCUGGAGGAGACGUGUCCCUGCCGCUCUCUGCAUCUCAGAGGAGCUACUGCUUCCUGCUUCUCUGACUCCGUAGAUGAGCACAGCCAUCUAACCUGAAACCUCUUCAGAGUAACUACCUCCUCCCUCGGCUGUCCAACCAGAGAAAUGCACCUGUUACUCCCUAGUAGUUUCCUGACCUGGAUUCUCCCCCUAGAAACAAACACACCUGACAGCUGGCUUUGUCCUCUGAAAGCAGUUUACACUCCCAUACAGAGAACCAAACUGUAGACAUGCAAUUCUCCCUCUCUCUCUUUUUUUUUUUUGUUUGUUUUUUUGUUUUUGGUUUUUUUGUUUGUUUGUUUUGUUUUUAGAGACAGGGUUUCUCUUUGUAGCCUUGGCUGUUCUGGACUUGCUUUGUAGACCAGGCUGGCCUCGAACUCACAGAGAUCCUCCUGCUUCUGUCUCCCUGAGUGCUAGGAUUACAGGCCUGUGCCACUGUGCCCAGCUACAUGCAAAUCUGUUGACAACAGUUUCUUGAGCUCUAAGGUAGCAACUGCUGGUGAUCUCUCCCCAACCUCCACUAUCCCGCAUUGAACUUGGCCUUGUUAGUUCUGGGGGAGAUGUCAUAAAUUCAUUUUGCUGAUUGGUUGACUUGUAAUGUGAUCAGCUAUAUUCUAUAAACUGGCAUCUGCUCUGUUUUCAUAAAUGCAAAUAUGAAUACUGACUUGAGUCCAUCCAAGCCUUCUCAACUGCAUGAAAUUAAAUCCAACUUUGACAACAAA